AUGGAAAAUGCACCUGGAAAUUGUCGAUUGAUAUCUCCAAUUAUUCAAAAUGAUAUUAUCAAUUGUUGUGCUAAAGAAACAACUAAGCGAAUUGUGGAUGAUCUUGGGGAGGACUGCUUUGCUAUAUUAGCCGAUGAAUCAAUCGAUGUGUCGCAAAAGGAACAAUUAGCCCUUUGCUUGGGCUAUGUUGAAAAAAAAGUGGAAAGAAGUGCAAUUUUAGCUUUGCUUGCUGAACAUUCACUGAGUCCAUCUAAGAUUCGAGGACAAGGAUAUGAUGGGGCUAGUAACAUGAAGGUCAUUUCCAAAAGGAACGAUGAGUGUAUUUGGCUUUUUGAUAAUAUUGCAAUUUUGUUGAACGUAAUUGGAGUUUCUUGUAAGAGAAGGGAAAUGAUUCGUGAAAUUCAAGCACAAAAAAUCGCUAAAGCCUUAGAGGUUGACGAACUUAAAACAUGGACGGGGUUGAAUCAAGAACUUGGUUUGAAAAGGCCUGGAGAUACUCGUUGGAGUUCUCAUUACAAGACUCUUUUGAAUGUCAUGGACUUGUUUUCUGCAAUUGUUAACGUUCUAGUGAUAAUUGGGAAGAAUGGUUCUUCAGAUGAUAAGGCAAAAGCUCAAGGCGUUUUGUACUGA